AUGGUCGGCAGACACUUCGACGCCAAAAACAAAAUCGUCAGCAAACUCACCCGCUGCAGCAUCGACGCCCUCAAGCAGCACUUCAGAGACGAACUCUCCAAA